AUGAGAAAUCCACUUGAGCGCGGUCCCGUUCCUAUCAGUGGAUAUCUAUACAAAAUGAAAGCAAAGGAACGUCUGCUCACGCCGCAGUGGAACAAGCGUUUCUUCGCUCUUGAAGGUACAAAAUUAAAAUAUUACCAACACGAAAGCUCGCAACAGGCAUCACAAAGUAUUGAUUUAUUAACGAUUGAGUCUAUUCGACGCUUUGAAAAUGGUGAUCAUGGUGUCUUUAGUUUUGUGAUCAAGACUUCUGAACGCAAUUACUUUUUACGCGCUGAGAGUAAAGGUGAUAUGAAGCGUUGGGUCUGUGGCCUCAAAGAUCAGCAAGAAUUGUGGCGCUCAAAAUUGAACAAGGGGAGUAUAUCUCCUGAAGUAGCCAUGCGUCGACCGAAACACUAUAGCGACUUUCCUCUUGUUUCUUAA